AUGAAUCUUGCGCAACUUGUAACCAGCGACAACCGGGGAGAGUCCGUCACUCAUAGCAUGGCUCUCACCUCCAGAGAGGACCAAAUGCAACCCAGAGUGAUGCCCUGUGGAGUGAUACCCUCGAUUUCGAUCCCAAAGAAUAUCUAUCAGCACAGCAACCCGCCCAGCUAUGCCCAUCUCCGCACUGAUCAGGCCCCCCUCUCUCCUCCAGAGGAAGAACCAAUCAGGUGCUCUCUUCCACCUAUCUCAACUCUGCUGAAAGGGGUAGACAGCAUUUUGCCAGACUCUGAAUUCAAGCGACAUAAACACAACCUGUCUGGAGAUAGAGAGUGGAAUCGAAGGCCCCCAAGUCACGCCUCAACCCAAGCAGCACGGUACAGGACCAUUCUGCCACGCACUCCGCUGCUCAGGCCCGGAUCAGGUUUUCAAGACGCCCGGCACUCCCCAGCUGCUUCAUCUGUGUCUUCACGCUCCAUAUCCGUGGCCAACUUGACAGCACCAUCAACUGGGGAUCCCAAACGACACCAUUUCUCAGCUCCUUCGCAAUCCCAUCACUCCAGCCGCUUGUCCUUGUCCCAAGAAGGGCCCUAUUCUACCACAGUCAGCCAAAGCCACGUUCCCCCGUUCACAUCCCCCAUCGAACCACCCGCGAACGCCAGCUACACUCCGCUUUCUGUGCACCAGCAGCAAAUGGGCAGCGCCGCCAUGAGCCCCACGGCCUGGCAGCACCACCACUACUUCCCGCUGUCAAACGCAUCCGCGUACGCUCUGAACCAGGGCAGACAUAUCUGUCAAACAUGCAACAAGGCCUUCUUACGCCCUUCAACCCUACGAAUCCAUUCCCACAGCCACACGGGCGAAAAGCCGUUCCGAUGCCCCCAUGUCGGAUGCGGCAAGGCGUUCAGCGUGCGAAGCAACAUGAAACGACAUGAGAGGGGAUGCCAUACUGGACGGGCCACUACUUCGUCGACGCUGGUGAGCUGA